AUGUGUUCGUUCCAACCAUCCAUUUCUGCCUUGGCUCUCAGCCAGUUUAUCCUGUGUUCUCUUCCAGAAGAGCCUGAGUGCACCUCCGCACGCUGCCAGUUCGGUUGCCAGAUCGACCGGUGGGGAGAGGUGCGCUGUCUGUGUGCCACCGGCCUCCACCUGGCCGCCGACAACAGGACCUGUGAAGAUGUGGACGAGUGUCGCGGGGCGUCAGAUGUUUGCCCUCCCCGACGCACUUGCAAGAACACCUUUGGCAGCUUUGUGUGUGUGUGCAGGGAGGGCUUUGUGUUGGGGACGCUCCAGGACUCAGUGCAGUGUCGAGAUAAAGACGAGUGUCUGGACAGUACUCACCUGUGUAGCCGUCAUUCCCAGUGUUUCAACACCUCUGGUUCCUACACCUGUCAGUGUCUGGAGGACUACUCUGGCGACGGCCACACGUGCUGGCCGAGGAGAGCCUCCCAGUCCAAGACCUCCAUGUACCUUCGGUACAAACUCUCCAAAAGGACCAGGCCCAUACAACAACCACGACGUCCGCAGAUCUGACGGUGCCUCUGGUUCUGACUGAUAACACUGUUGUGAAGUAGUUACUGGCGGACAUUUGGGGUCGAGUCGUGUUGAAACAACACAUGGGAGGAAAAUAGAUGUGUGUUGAAGCAGCUUCAUAGGACAAUUCACGAGGUAGAUGUGGGGUAAAUUGAGGUGGAGUUCAGCUAUCACAACAUAGUUAAAGCUGAGUAAUGCUAAGAAUUCCUCACACAACUGGAAAGUGUGGUAACGGUCUGUUUUAGCCUAUCAUUUGCCAGGCCUCUCUUCAGUUAGUCCACAAAGAUCCUAGAUUGCUACACGGUGCCAUUAGUGGUCUGCUGUUUGUUGUCAGUCAAAGAAGCCACUCAUUUGACAAACACAUUCGUCAAGGAACCACACUCUGUAGUCUGCCUGCCAUGCUUCAGACUCAAAACGCUCUGUGAUGACAUGGAAUUUUCCUUUGUUUAAGUUUCCCAGCUUAUUGUCUCGGAAAAGGUCACGGUUAAGAACAAGUUUCACACGCACUGCCAUACUGCUACUUUGGCAUUUGUAACCAAUUUCACAAUACAUAUGUUGUCAGCAUAAGGGAUCUUGAUAGGGACUUCAUGAGUGAUUAGCUAGUUUUCUGACAGGCCAGUGGGUGUACACGAGGGGACUAUUAGUCCGUAGGGACUAGUCUUUGAGAGGAGUGUAUACGUCAUUAUUUGUUAAUAAAAGGCUGACCUCUGGUGGAAAGAUAAGGGAUGAUAUUUGUCGAGAGAGAGCAGCGUCACCCUGACUUCUCCAUAGAUGGCAUCAUAGAUAGCAGUAUCACCCUGACUUCUCCAUAGAAGGGAUCAUAGAUAUCAGCAUCUCCCUGACUUCUCCAUAGAUGGGAUCAUAGAUAGCAGCAUCUCCCUGACUUCUCCAUAGAAGGGAUCAUAGAUAUCAGCAUCUCCCUGACUUCUCCAUAGAUGGGAUCAUAGAUAUCAGCAUCUCCCUGACUUCUCCAUAGAAGGGAUCAUAGAUAUCAGCAUCUCCCUGACUUCUCCAUAGAUGGGAUCAUAGAUAGCAGUAUCACCCUGACUUCUCCAUAGAAGGGAUCAUAGAUAGCAGUAUCACCCUGACUUCUCCAUAGAAGGGAUCAUAGAUAUCAGCAUCUCCCUGACUUCUCCAUAGAUGGGAUCAUAGAUAUCAGCAUCUCCCUGACUUCUCCAUAGAAGGGAUCAUAGAUAUCAGCAUCUCCCUGACUUCUCCAUAGAUGGGAUCAUAGAUAGCAGCAUCUCCCUGACUUCUCCAUAGAUGGGAUCAUAGAUAGCAGCAUCUCCCUGACUUCUCCAUAGAUGGGAUCAUAGAUAGGCUACAUAACCGAAAGCUGUUGAAAUGCAUGUAUUUGUUGAGUCGUGUUAAUUAAUUAAGGCACUUUGAGAGAUUGUCUGUUUGAUGAUGUAAAAUGUCUGGAACAAUGGUAUACGUGUUGAAUGGGAACUGACCAAUAAAGUUUGUUGUUAUUAUUA